UGUUGGCUGGUCUACUCCCUAAGUGCCCUCAAGUGCUUGGGGUAGGCCAGGGCUGAAGCCAGGAGCUGGGAACUCCAUGUGAAUGACAGGGUUUUAGUUGCUCAAGGCAUCAUGUCACUCUUGCCUUCUAGGAUCUGCAGUAGCCGGAAGCUGAAGGCAGGAGCCAAAGCUGGGUGCUCCCCUGUGGGAUGGGGCGUCCUAACCACUCGGCUGAACACCUGCCCUUGUUCAUUGUACGCUUAGUGUGCAGUUGAGUAAUCCUCCCAGAGUCUCAGCUCUCCAGGGGACUCCAGGGCAUCUGCUCCUUAACUUGACUGCUAGUGACUUCAUCUUGCUGGCGCGUGUCUUACCUUUAAGCCCCUCUGCAACAGGGAUAGUGGGAUCUGAGGAGGUCUGAAGGUUUAACAGCAGGCAUUGGGCCUCCCUGCUUUCACAGGAGUUCACUGUCUGUAGGCAAAUUCCACCUGUGACUUGUGCGUCCAAAAAUGACGUGGGAAUUGGAGGUGCACAGUGCAGUGUGGAGGAGAAGGGUCAGGAAUCAGGCUCUUACUGCAAUAUGGGAAGUGCUGAGGGGGCCUUCAGGGGGCUUGGAAGACAAGGUGUUAAAGGCGUCAUCUCAGGAUUGAGACAUUGCUGGAGAUCUUUGGGACUUUUAUAGGAAAACCCUGGCAGAAAGGCAGAAACUUUCCCGAUGUCUUCCGACGAUGUCCAGAUUUUUGUGCCAAUGUCACAAAGAAACAGCAAUGGCCUCCCUGGGACAGCCACCAACGACCUGAAGACACCGAAUGAGGGAGCCGUGUUAAGUUUUCAUAACAUCCGCUAUCGAGUAAAAGUCAAGAGUGGCUUUCUCCUGUGUCGCAAAACAGUUGAGAAAGAAAUCCUGUCAGACAUCAAUGGGAUCAUGAAGCCUGGCCUCAAUGCUAUCCUGGGACCCACAGGUGGAGGCAAAUCUUCGUUGUUGGAUGUGUUGGCCGCCAGGAAAGAUCCACACGGGUUGACUGGAGAUGUUUUGAUAAACGGAGCACCACAACCUGCCAAUUUCAAGUGUAAUUCGGGGUAUGUGGUGCAAGAUGAUGUCGUGAUGGGCACUCUGACGGUGAGAGAAAACUUGCAGUUCUCCGCAACGCUUCGGCUUCCAACCACUAUGUCGAACCAUGAAAAAAAUGAACGGAUUAACAAGGUCAUUCGAGAGCUGGGUCUGGAAAAAGUGGCAGAUUCCAAGGUUGGAACUCAGUUUAUCCGUGGGGUGUCCGGAGGGGAGAGGAAAAGGACCAGUAUAGGAAUGGAGCUCAUUACGGAUCCUUCCAUCUUGUUCCUGGAUGAGCCCAACACCAGCUUAGACUCAAGCACAGCAAAUGCUGUCCUUCUGCUCCUGAAAAGAAUGUCUACGCAGGGCCGAACCAUCAUCUUCUCCAUUCAUCAGCCUCGGUAUUCCAUUUUCAAGUUGUUUGAUAGCCUCACCUUACUGGCCUCAGGAAAACUUAUGUUCCAUGGACCGGCUCAGCAGGCUUUGGAGUACUUCGCAUCAGCUGGUUACCGCUGUGAGCCCUACAACAACCCUGCGGACUUCUUCCUGGAUGUGAUCAAUGGAGACUCCUCUGCUGUGGUGUUAAGCAGAGAGGAAGAGGGCAGUGAAGCCAACAGUACUGAAGAGCCUUCUAAGAGAGAGAAGCCACUCAUAGACACGUUAGCCGAGUUUUAUACCAUGUCCUGCUUCUACAGAGAAACAAAAGCGGAACUAGAUCAACUCGCAGGGGCUCAGAAAAAGAAGAGGAGCAUAGCCUUUAAGGAGAUCACUUAUGUCACCUCCUUCUAUCAUCAGUUCUGCUGGAUCAUCAGGCGUUCAUUCAAAAAUUUGCUGGGCAAUCCUCAGGCCUCCAUAGCUCAGAUAAUUGUCACAACUGUAUUGGGACUGGUUAUAGGUGCCAUUUACUUUGGGCUAGAAAAUGAUUCUGCUGGAAUCCAGAAUAGAGCUGGGGUGCUCUUCUUCCUCACCACCAACCAGUGCUUCAGCAGCAUGUCGGCCGUGGAGCUCUUUGUAGUGGAGAAGAAGCUCUUUAUGUGAGUAGAGCUGUGUCCUG